ACAAUUCCAAAGAGUGAAACUGAGGCCAUGUUAUCAUCGUGCGAGUACUACCGUCGGGCGGGACUAGUGUGCGCAGACGAGACGCACAAAAAAGACGAACUGCUGCGUCGGACGGCGUCCGUGUGCAACGAACUGGCUGUGAGAUACAUGAACGAUGCGCAACAGAUAUACGUGAAGUACCUCGAGGAGUGCGAGAAGAAGGACGGCAACUCGAAAUCUAUAUACAAACAGUUCAGCGCACUGUCGCGACGUUCGUCCGAGUGCCUGGACGAGGCCACGGCUAUCUUCACUCAGGUCAACGACGUGCCCAACUUAGCGCUCCUGUACUGCAAUAAGGCGCGCUAUAUAAGGUUCAGAGCGCAUUGUAUCCAAGGCGGUUUUAAUUCCGAAAAACGAAGCCUGUAUAGUCAAGCCGAAGAUCUGUACAGGUCGGCCCUAAAACUCUUAGGGCCCAGAGAAUUUUGCGGGGCCACUUCAGUAUGGGAUCUCGUAUCCUGGGAACUGUCCUGCCACCUUUACACCAGGGCUGUGCUGAUGCAGGACUCUCCGGGUGUUUAUGCGAAUGAAGUAACAGAAGUAGCGGAAGCCUUUAAACACGCUCUAAAGUACUGCUUGUUGAGUCCGGGGCCGCGCCAGUACUUGUACCAGUUCCGAGCCGCCAUGAUAUACCAUCGACUGGGCUCUCUGUACCAUUCGCAAUACAGGAUAACUCAGGAAGAGGGUCCCCGUCGCCGUAGUCUGCUCAACGCCACGUGCAGCCAGUACGAGAAGGCGGCGAUGCAAUUCGCGGUUCUGGAAGACGCCGCAAUGUUCCUCACCGUGCGCCUUGAGCACGUGGCCGCGCUCGAGACCCACGCAGCCGUAUCACCGAACGUAAAGCUGAAGUCUCUCCAAAACGCGAUAGAACUUCUUCGCCAAUGCCACUCCAUCAUGAAAGUGCUGAAAGAAAAAGACCCUGAAGAACAGAGAGACACUCCCAAACCUGAGGAGGCGGACGAGAAGACCCUGAGAAACGAACAUAGUCUACUAGCCCUGUAUGAAAAUCGCCUGCAUUACAUAUUAAAAAAUAUAAUUCAGUACUGCAUAACAAAAACCAAUAAAGACUAUGAAAAAAUUACGGAUAUGUAUAAAAAAUUGUAUUGUGCUAGCUUGAGGAUUAAAAAGAAUGACGAUGUGCGGCUAUACGCGUCCAGUAUAUGCGAUGUUUUGGUGUCUAUGGAUGUAAUUAGUAAAGAUUUUGAGUAGACAAACUGCCGUUAUUGUCUAUGGUUAUUCUAUGUUUUAAGUCCAAGACAUCAGACUGAUUCUGAGAAUCUCCUCACACACCUAAUCCAUUUGCAACCUAGCAAUACCGAAAAAUUCAUCACAAUUUUUUUAAAUAAUUUUAACGAUUUCUCAAUGUAUGGUAGUAAAUACUUUAUGCAUCUUAAAAAGUGAUAUUUUUCUAUAACAUAUAAGGUGUCUCAGAUAUUAACGUCAUAGGUUUUUUAUAUAUAUAUUUAUGAUAACAGUCACUACACACGUAUAUCACAUGUUUUUGGCUUGAUGUUGAUUUCUGUGACAACUUGUAUAUAUAUACCUUUUUGUAAAAAAAACGUGUUUAUUUUUCGAAUGAUUGUUAGUGCUAAGUAACUUAUUAAAAUAAAUAUUUUUGUCUUUGAA